GUCUCGGAAAAGAGCUCCGAUCGUAUUUUGCGGUGAGCAGAUCAAGUUGUUUUUGCUUUUUCGUGGCUUCGGGCGAUCGGAAGUCACAGUGUCGUCGAGUAGCAGACAAUGAGUCGGCCUCAAGAGGCUGUUAAACAGGCUUUUCGGUGGAGAGAUUCUCCAUCUCGCGACGAGGCAAGUUAAAGAGUCUUGCUUUGUCCGACCUUUCACUUUUUAUGUGUGUGAAGUCCGUGAAUUUGAUCGCAUCCUCUAGUUCUUCGUGACAAACAGCUCGGAUCUUGCCAGAAAGAGUAAAAACGAGAAAGAAAUGGUCGACGCACUGGACGAGUCCCAAAAUGAGGCGUUGGAGAGGCUGCAAAAGCUCUUGGGCGAUCGCCAGAUUCAAGGGGACGUCGAUACCCUGGUGAGAUUUCUCAAGGCAAGAUCGUUUGAUGUGUGGAAGGCAAAGGCCAUGUACGAGGCCAUGCUCCAAUGGCGCGCAGAAGUUCGAGCAGACGCUCUCAAACAGGAGUUUGAUUUCCAAGAGCGUGAUGCAACGCAAGAGCUCUAUCCGCGUUUCUAUCACAAGGUGGACAAGUUGGGAAGGCCAAUCUACAUCGAAAGGCUGGGAAAGCUGCGCUUGGAAGAGCUCUUUAAAGUGACAAGUAUGGAGAGAAUGCUGCUGGAUCACAUCAAAGAGUGGGAGAUUUUCGUGGAUGUCAGGCUCCCUGCUGCGUCCCGUGACGCCGGCCGAGCGAUCACUCAAUCACUCGCGAUUCUCGACCUCAAAGGAGUGGUGGUAAAGCACGUAAGCAAACAGGUCCGCCAGUUCGUGAGAGCCAUCCUCCGGAUCGACCAGGAUUUUUACCCCGAGUUCCUGGGAAAGAUGGUGAUCGUCAACGCGCCGGUUUACUUCAAAGCGCUCUGGAGCAUCGUCAAACCGUGGCUCGACAAGCAAACCCAGAAGAAGAUCGAAGUUCACGGAACCAACUACGUGCCCAGGCUGCUGGAGCUCGUCGACGCGGAGAGCUUACCAUCGUUUCUAGGCGGCUCCUGCGAGUGUGUCAGCUCUAGAGGAUGCGAGAGCUCGGACGCUGGGCCUUGGCUUGGAAAUGUCUGAUAUUUACUUCGUUCUAAAUCACGGAGUUCUUGGUGCUCGUGACU